UGGAGCUUACCGAUCCACGAACUCUUUCGAUCCGAUUCUUUUUUUCCGUUGAAUUUUUUUUUCGUUCGAGAAUUUUUCGAUUUGAAUUUUUCAAAUUUCGUUUUAUCAGAAAAAAAAAUCUUGAGUGUGUUCCGUUUAUUUUAUUUCCUCGACGAUUUGUUCUGUGUUUCGCGAUAAAUCGUUCGUUUAAAUAAACUAUCGUUUGAAUUUAUCUGUGAUAAUCAGAAAACGGUUUAAAUUCAAGAAUCCUUCGAUUUCUUUCAUUUGGAACCGAAAUCCAUUUAGAGUUUUUCACGUGUUUUAACAAAUAAUUACUUACUUCUACAAAAUGCAUAUUGUUCGAGUAUUGUUUGCCAUAAGCAUGUCGUUGGUGUUGGUCAGCGGCCAGUUCCUUGGUACCUACGAUAAUUCAUAUCGGCUUGGAUUCGAUUCGUUCAACGAUGACUUCAGGGGAAGUUCACUCGGCGGUUCAAAUUCAUUUGGUGGCUUCAGCGGUUUGGCGAGCAUUCGGGAUCCACGACAAAACAGAGGUCCCGUACAAUUUCCACAAGGCCCAACUGAUGGACCCGUAGAGUCGUCGGGAGUGAUUGUUGGCGCAUCUGGCUAUGGAUUUGUGCCACCAAACAGUCAACAAAACAAAAAUAGAAAAGAACCAGCCGAGCAAAGUAAAACAAAACCAAUUGCAUUCGGAUGCAAGAGUAACACGUUCACACCAUAAUUUUUUCACUCUGCGUACAAUAUCGGUGUUUAGGAAUAUUUUUUGUUCUCUCUUAGAUGUAAGAUAAAUGCAAUGGGGGCAAAAUAAGCCGACAAACACUGCGCACAAAAAGAAAUAAAGAGUCAGUUACUGGCUGGUUGAAGUUGGCAGCAAAAUCGGACACAUCGAGGAAAUUGGCUUGCACACAAUGCUUUAUAAUCUUUUUGUUCAGUUCGUCGCAUGGUUUGGUAGCCGGGAUUUUGACCAAACGGUUUGGUCGGUUAGUUGGUGAUUUGUAUUUUUCUUCUCGUCGCUUGGUUUGGGUUUCAGUUUCAAUCAAUUUUCUGCGUUAGUAUUUAUAUCUGUUGUUUAACUGACAUUCAUACGAGUUGAGUCAUUUUAUACUUGUUAACUGUGUUGUUUGGCCACAUGAAUUACCGUUUCAAUAAUGCUAUUCUGAAAGCUAUGCGUCAUUUAACUGACAAAUGACUGCACUAAACGAGCACGAAACGGAUACUUUAACUGAGCACAACCGUUUUUUUUCUCUCGGUGUGUAGCAUAAGAUUGAAUAAAUGAUGGAUUACUUACACACAAAAUAUAUAAAACAAAACGAAGAAAACGAACAGAAAAUAAAGUGUAUCCAAACUGAAAAGAAGAGAAGAAACAAAAAAAAACGAAUAAUAAUAGCAACAACAAUAUCAACGAAGAAGAAUGACUUUGCAUACAUAAAAUGGCAAGAGGUAAAUCUGAUAAUAUGCACAAUUGCAAUUUGACUGAAACACGCGCGCAAAUGCAAUUAUUACACAAUUGUUUUUUUUUUUCGUUGUUGGUUUGGGCUCUCUCAAUUGGUGGAAUGAGAUCCAUUCGGUUUUCGCAUUGAAAGUUUUUGGCAAAUGAUUAACUUUGAAUGAAAUGUAAAAAAAGUCCAUUUCGCUUGACCUACACAACAGCUACACACGGUCUUUUAGAUAUUGAGCACAUUUUAGCAGACAUCACAUUAACAAAUGCACACACAUCCACUUCUACGCUUAAGUUGCAUUUUGUAUGUCAUUGUGGACACGGAAAAGCUGAGAACAUGCACUAACAUCUGACCUUAGCACAGUUAUUUCAUGAAAAUGUGAAAGAAAAAGGGAAAAACAUCGGCAAAAAUUAUAAUGUUUGAGAAAGUAAGAACGGAUGAAGAAAACUGAAAUCAACGAAAAAAAGAGCAUAAUUUGCUGUUUUUACAACGAUUUAUCAGUGCAUUGGAUCGACACCUGUUACAAUGUUUCGAUUCAUAACAGCCACGGAAAAUUCCCUUCCUUCGGUCUAACUUGCCAUAUGAAAAUGCCUUCGUUCACUCCAUCCAAUUCCAUGAAAUAGUUUUCUGAAUAGCACCAAUUUUUUAUGCAAAACAUAGCCCAAUGCUUGCACAUGGAAGAUAGAGCGAGCGACAAAGCGAAAGAGAGGACGAGAAUCAGCCUGAAAAAGGGUAAUACAACUAAAACAAUCUGAAUAUUGAAAUUGCCGUAAUAAAGCAAAAAUUAUCGUUCGCCGAUCAUUUGUGCAAUUAUUUAUUGCACAAUUGUAGAUCGAAUGCUAUGUGUGUGCUCGCUCAUUCGGUCACAUUAAAAUUCGCGCUCUCUUCAGGUGCAAUCAUUUCAUCUGGCAAAAUGUGUGCUUUCUGUAUUUCGUUCACAAUGACGACGACUACGGCGGCGAGAAAAAAACAGAGAAGUUGAAAUACAAUUCAGUCACAAAGUGAGCACAUUUGGUAUGCAUGUUCCAUGGAUGCGGCAUUUUACACACGGCCGUCUGUCAUGCUCACUUAUGCUUCGAUUACUUCACAGUUCACAAGACAAAAUCAAAAACCCACAUGAAUGUCUCUUUUUUGUGUUAUAAAUCCAAAUCUUUUUACAAAACGCCACAUUAAAUACACAUAGAAACGCCGCUUUCUUUAUAGCCAACAACGACACACAUGAUCCAUACACAAAUAUUAGAUGACGCUCUGAAUCUGCCCUUUGAUCUGAUUUUAACCGAAACAUUUAUCUACGUUUUUUUGUUCCUCUCUUUUUCUCAUCACAUUUUUUUCUACUCUCU